AUGGUUGGGAACAAUAAUACUGGAAUGCAAGAAAAGAGAAGAAGAAUAGCAAAAACCACCAAACGAAUUUUCAAGUACCAUUACUCCGGCACCGCGUGCCCCGAGUUUCGAAAGGGGAACUGCAAGAAGGGCGACGGCUGCGAGUUCGCUCACGGGGUGUUCGAGUGCUGGCUCCAUCCGGCCCGCUACCGCACGCAGCCGUGCAAGGACGGGACCAAUUGCAGGAGGCGUGUCUGCUUCUUCGCUCACACGCCGGAGCAGCUCCGGGUCCUGCCUCAGAGCCCGAGGAGCGUCAAUUCGACCGAGUCGUACGAUGGGUCGCCGUUUCGGCAGGCGAUUGAGGCUUCCUGUGCUCGGACUCUGCCGUUCGUGACCUCGCCGGGCUCUGUUUCGCCGCCAGAGACCGACUCCCCGCCGAUGUCUCCGAUGACGACUCAGCAGCACGUGCUGAGCCGCUCGCUGGGUUCGAGCUCGAUCAACGAGAUGGUGGCUUCUCUCAGGAACUUGCAGCUCGCCGGGUCGAUCCUCCGACCCAAGUUCUGCAGCGUGCCGACGACUCCGACCCCCACAACGCCGAGCGGGCUCGGCUACUCUGCUGAUUUCUGGGACAAAGUGUGCGAGGAGGAUCGAAGGAAGAGGGGUUUCGGCGAUUAUUGGUGUAAGAAGCAUUACCAGAUACCCGCUUCUGAAACCAAAUAUUGGUAUCGAAUCAGGCUAAUUGUGCAUGAUGGUAAUGAUCAAGCAACGUUCCUUCUCAUAGGAGCAUCUGCAGACAAAUUCUUACCACGCACAGCUACAGAAGUUAAUGAAAUCUACCCGGAUGGAACUGGAAUAUUACCACCUGAUAUUGAAGCUCUAGCUGGUCAUAACUUGGAAUUUGAGAUCCAACUUCCCAAAGAAAACAACAAUGGUGCUGUAGGCGACUUCAUAGUCACUAGCAUCAAGGGGCUUCCCCAUCAAACUGGAAAAACGGGAAAACAAAGCCUACUAAAAUCAGAAUUCUCAAACAGGCCAUUGCAAAUUGAAUCACAUGCAAAGCCAAUAUCAAAUGCGGGCUUCCCAUUACUUGAAGCAAGUGAAAUUAAAAAAGAAGACGAUAAAGGGAACAAUGCAGUUACUUCAAGUGCCAACAAGAAAAGGAAAGCAGCCCCAAGAGUUAAUGAAUCCAAAAGAAGUGGGAAAAGGACAACCCAACCACCUGCGAGGAAGGUAAAUGGAGUCAACAAUGUUGACUCAGCAUCCUCUGACGAUGAACAAUGUUUGUCUAAGCUGCUGCAAAACACCAAAAGAAGCAAAAGUAACCAAUCUGCAGAUGACAAAGACAACAAAGAAACUCUAAACACCAGGAAAGCUAGUACACGCACAACAAAGACUGGGACAAAAAAGGCCAAAGCUGCUUCGGUCGAAACAGAUGCAGAGCACACAGUUGUCGAAGUUGGAGUGAAGAAAACCAAAAGUUGCAGGGCUUUGAAGGAUUCAGUUCCUAAAGAUCCACCAACUUCUACUGAAGUUAAGGCGAAACGCAAGCGUCAGCCGGUGAAAAAAUAUGCUCAAGCUUAG